GGCGCGGAUCGAACGAGAGUCGAUGCCCGUCCCCUCGCGCGGGGAGUAUCCACCGUUCCGGGAUCUCGCGGGCAUUGUUUUUUUUUUUUGCCUUACACCGCAUGUCAGAGACAAAGGUAGAGGAGAGAAGAGCACCCGGGGACAAAGAAGAUCUCGCGCCUCGUGACGUUCCGCGUUUAGGAAACGCAAUUCAAUCGACGGCGCGGUCUUUUUUUCUCUCUUUCUUGUAACGUCGAGGCGCAACGGUGCCGCGUUUUCUGUCUGUGUACAUACAUACGUGUCCGCGAUGUCAGCAUGAGUAACGAACGUCGCAAUCGAGCGCGAUUCUUUUGCAACGCGCGUAUAUUUGCCUGUCGUACGAUUACAGCGUGGGUAUUUCAGCAUCAUUGGCCGAUUACGCGACAGAUGUCGGUGUGUGCGAGUUUAUUUUUUUUUUUCGGUGUUUUUCUUGCGUGCGUGUUUAAAUGUACAUACAACGUGUGCGCUUGCGUGUCGUGUAUGGCGAGAGGUACGGUUCUCUGUGUUGAAAGUUUGUUAUCUUUCGUUUUACAACACUCUCCCGGGGGUUUCUACAAUCCUUACAAUACGGUCUCGGUGCAAUUGAACCGCUUAUGUUGUCCCGCGCGCGUUAAGGAAACCUAUCCUUCAACGCCACCCGUCUGGUUCGCCGAAUCCGAGGAGACUAGUGUUACGAACGCUGUACAAAUUUUAAGUAACACGACCGGCCGCGACAACCAUGUAAUCAACCAAGUUGGUAUCCUGCUGAAGGAGUUAUGCAGACUACACUCGUUACCGGAGCCACCGGACGUCGAAAGGCUGAGAACCGCCUUGGAUCCCUUACGUUUAGGAGGAUCGAACGAAGCUGUGGCGCAGAGGAUGGACGCCGAGGACCUAGACGAUAUCGACGAGGAUGAAGAGAGCGAGACUGAAGAAGACCUUCAUCUGGAUAUGGACGAAGGAGACGCUAAUUCUAAGAAUAAGAGCGAAGAAAUGGACUUGGAACACCUCGCGACAUUGGAAAGGUUGAGACAGAAUCAGAGACAAGAUUAUUUAAAAGGAUCUGUUUGUGGAAGUGUACAAGCCACUGACAGACUUAUGAAGGAGCUGCGUGAUAUAUACCGAAGUGACAGCUUUAAAAAGGGAAUGUAUAGCAUAGAACUAGUAAAUGACAGUUUGUAUGAAUGGAAUAUCAGAUUGAUGUGUGUAGAUCCCGAUUCACCACUUCAUAGCGAUCUCAUUCUUUUGAAAGAGAAAGAGGGCAAAGACAGUAUUCUUCUCAAUAUGCUUUUCAAGGAAACUUACCCAUUCGAACCUCCAUUUGUAAGAGUCGUACAUCCUAUCAUAUCUGGUGGAUACGUUCUCGUGGGAGGUGCCAUUUGCAUGGAACUUCUUACAAAACAGGGAUGGAGUUCGGCGUACACGGUAGAAGCUGUUAUAAUGCAGAUUUCAGCGACGUUAGUGAAGGGGAAAGCGCGUAUACAGUUCCAAGGAUCAGGUGGCGCUGGCAAAGUGUGUGGUGGACAAGGCCAAUACAGUUUGGCACGUGCCCAACAGUCAUUCAAGUCUCUUGUACAAAUACAUGAAAAGAAUGGUUGGUUUACACCUCCAAAAGAGGAUGGCUAAUGAAGACCGGAUUGCGGAAAAAUACCGAAGAUAUGAUACAUGCUUACAGCUGAGACUUUAAUUCGGUGUGUGCCCAACAAGUAAUUGUUAUGAUAAUGAUUUGAUACACAAACACAGCAGUAACUAGGUAACUUAAGAUACUGAAUUAAUCUAACAUAUAAUUCCUUUGAUGGCUAAAAAGGCUGCCGUACACCUUGGUUACGUAUCCAUAUUUUUUUUCUGUCAUUAGUAGUUAGAUCGCGAAUUGUAUCGAUAAAUGUAAGGUAUCAUUUCGCUUGAAAUUGAUUCUUAUGUUUCGAGAAUCCCAGUUAUUACUAUAUUGUAAUAUAGUAAUUUUAUGUACUCCUUGAAGAUACAUAUGUUGUACGUGCGAAACGGUGUAACUAUUCUGAAAAAUUGCGCAAUCGUGCUUCCUGUCUCUUUCACGGGAAAAGAUUAUGGUCGACGUUUUAGAUCAAUAUAUUACUGGACAAAUUUUAAAAUUUUUCCUUUUAUUAUUUUAUCACUUUCCUUAUUUUCUAUAAAUUAUGUUCUGUGUAUUUCAAUGACAAGGCUAUAUUUCUUUGCUGUAUAUGCCGUGAACAAGUAAAAAUAAUGGUAGUGAAAAUGCAUCUCUUGAAGAAAAAUGUAUAUUACUUAUAUUCUUGAAAUCCUUUGCCAGGCAUCUCGUAAAUGCUAUCCAAAAAUUACGUGAGUACACACAACCAAAACGUUUCUUAAAAAAAAAUUAUGUGCAAAGAAAACGGCUAAAUAGAAUAUAAAAGUAUAGUUUUACUAUCGGGAGGCUCUAGAGAAUACGAUCAUAGAAGUUACAAAAGUCUGCAAGCUUUUCAGACUUGCAAUUAAAUAUGUUUUGUAAAACUAAUUUUGUCUAUAUCAAUAUUAAUCAAGUCAGAUUUUUGACACGAGAAGCGAUAUUUUUUUACAUUCGGCGAAUAGUAUAUUUCGUAGCGUUUUUGGAUUAGAUGAAACGUAGAUCUUACAAUGUUUGUAUUGUAUACGAUGCAAUAAUUAAUAUGGAUGUUUAUCUUUUUGCAUAGAACGUAAGAGUGAGAGUCAGAUGCGAAUAUAUAGAUGCUGUAGUAACAUAUUUUCGUUUUUAAAAUAGUAAAUAUUACAAAAGUUUAUACGUUGGUCUUUUUUCUUUGCAAUAUUAUCGAGACAAACGGCUUAUAGCGUUCAAUAAUAUAUAUGUAUAUCCCAUUGUGUGUAAUAUUCAAUCGAAUAUAGGAAUUGUAUAGAUGUAUAUAACGCAAAUACUCUUUAGAGUCUUUAUCGGAGGGCAUAAAUGCAGUAGAAGCUUAAAAGUUUUGGUUGUGUGUUUCAUCUACAAAUCCAUUCUAAAAUCUAUUCUCCAUUAUUUUCUCUAUGACACAAUCUAUAAGAUGUAAAAUCAUAUAUUGUAUAUGCAAGAUAUAAUUUUUUUAAUAAGAGAUGCGCGAGCUAAAACAUUUAUUCAUAUGGAAUUAAUUCUUAUGUGCAAAUUUGUUUUCGAAGAACUGCGUGAGUUCCAUGCAAAUGUUAGAGUUCUAGUAAUUACGAGAGGUAAUUUUUUCAAGCGAUUUACACGCACUCGGUAACAAUCGACUAUUGUUCGUGUAAGCGGUAAAUGGCCAAAGUGUUACGUACGCACUUCUAAAGCGAAUUUGUCCAUUAGAAUUAAAUGUAACAAUAUAGUAAUGUUUGUAACUUUAGUGAAUCUAAUUUUUGCUAUCAAUUAUACCUGUAAAGGUAUACCCCUUUUUCACAAAAAUUGUAUAUCUGUUAUCGGUAAAUAGAUAUUUCCAACACGGCAUUGAAGUUGAGUUGCUGAAAUUGAAAAAUUACGUUAAUUGAUAAUCUUCAGAUUUGUAUCGCACUUCUAAGCAUUUAUAAUGCAGUUUGUUUCGUACAUACAUACAUAGAUACACACGUCCUGGAUUCAUAACAUGCAUAUACCACAUACACAUAUAUACAUACGCAUUCUGUUCCUUAUGCUUCAUCUUCCUACGUAAUUUCGAACGCGUAGUUUCUGCGACCAUCAUGUUCAUUUGCAAACACGUCAAACGUGAACAUUUAUGAUUAUAUAUCGAUUAAGAGUAGUCAUAUUAUUUUCAUAAGAGUCGAGGAAAUCUGUCAUUUUCGUUGUAAAUAUCGUCAAUCGAAACAACCAAUUAUGACGGUCCAUAACUGUUAUACUUCAGGGAUUUUUAUUUCAGACGUAUUACUUUUUUUAUAAUAUUAUGUUAGGGUAACGUGGCUGCGUAAUUAUCGUGUUUGCUUUCGUUAGAAUGAAUGAAUAUACCUGAACGCCUAUUAAUCGUAUGGAGAUGGAGCAGUACAUAUGUUAUUGGCAAUAACGCAUGUACGAUGUAUCAGUACACAUGAUUAUCGGUAUAACUGGAUCGAGUAGCGUGGGUCACUAGGUUUCGUUCGCGGUACAGUUAAACUCGUUUGUGAGCAAAUCGUCAUAUGAGCAGUAUCGUCAUAUAAAUAAAUAGAUUCUUAAGUAUAGGUGUGCGAUCAUCGAGCUCGUUGUCAACGGGUACCCACGAUUUGUACAGCCGCCACCCGUUUGACACUGAGUACUGGUUGUUCGACGUCGUUAAACGUUAUGUUCUUUGCCAAAACUUCGUGUCGUCUGUUAAGUUUUAUUUUUUUUUAAUGUAAUAAAUGCGUAUGAUCGCGGGGAGCAACGUGACAUGUGUAUUUUUGCUACAAAUAUCAUUAAGACUCUUCGUUUUCUUAACACGACAUUCGACAUUCGGUUCUCGCCGAAUAUUCGUGACGAUUUCAGAAAUCUCAGAGUCUCGAUGUAAGGUUUAACAUGUCGCACGCGAUUAGUUCGAAUUAAUUACAUUUAAUAAACGAGAUAACUACACGAUUGACGAGAGGUGCGUACUAAGAUAAGAUAAUAAUUCCGCGCGCGGAACGUACUCGGGAUUCGUUCCGGAUUAAACAUUUUUGACGAGAGAAUGUGAGCCUAAAGGACAAGUGGAAGUUUUGAAUUAGUCGGUUAUUACAUGACUCCGGGAUGCAUUUCUCAAAUCUUUAGAUUGUGUGUGGUAAUGUAGUUGUCAAAUUUUUGUUAUGUAUUCGAGGGUAAUCUUUCUAUUUGAAGACUGAAUAAAAGUAGAACUUGAACAUACUUUUCUUCCACGUUACAUUUGUAAAGUGUGUCUUUUACGCGAUGGUUGGAGAUUCGCGAGCAUGAGAAUAAAAGAUACUCGAGCAAUUUAUCCGCGUCGAAUGGGGGACUUUCUACGUACUUGUGAAUAUGGAAACAUGAAUUAUGAAAUUGUGAUUCUUGAGAUUUUCGUACGAAGGCAUUAAGUGCCAAUUGGGAAGGUGGAUAUACAUAUCCCAUUCCGAGAUGUAUUUGUGGCAAAAAUAGUCGUCUAAAGUCUCUUCCAAACCAACUCAUUUGUUCCAACUUUUCACGUUUCGCUAAUGACGUGGAUAUGUUUAUUAUGCGUUAAGUAAAUGCGAAUAAUUGAUUGAUGUAAUGACAAAUUAUUUCUUUUUGUUUAAAGGGAGAGCACCCGGUUCACGCGGAACAUAAAUAAGUGAACUGAAGCGACUGUAAAAACAUGAUACAAGCAUACUUAUGGAAAUUAUUACAUCCACGUGUACCUGGUUACAGAUCCGCAUUCUUAUCAAGACAGAACGACAAGUUAUAAUCUGCGUUUCGCUUGAACCGUGGUAUUUGAUCGUAUCCAUUUGAUACUCGGGAUGUAACGACUUUGUGUAUCGUGUUAAGUAUAUGAUAUAACUUAACUCUCAUAUUAUAACAUUUUCUGACGAGGGUAUAGACUUCCGGAUUGAAGCAGUGUGUGUAUGUGUGUGUCGUACGCGUCGAGAGAAAUCGCGAUUAGAAUUUUCUUUAUUUUUAGUUCUGGUCGCAAAUCGUCCUCUCCACCUUUUCCGCAAACGUUAUCUUGGGUGUCGUUUCUUUUCUCGACGUAGACGCGAUGACGAUCCCCGAGUCUAAACCCAUAAGUUAACUUAUGUCUCUACUCUGUCUGCGUACCUAUUUGCGUAAUUAACUCAUUGGUCAACCGAGAGAUCGAUUAAUUUUUGUUAAUCGGUCGCGUCGUCUUAUUGUCAAUAUCUAUAAUCUUAAGAGUACUCUACGUAUCUUAAAUCUGCUCCACUUGUAUAUCGUACCAUUACUGAUUUGAGUGAAAGUUUCCAUAAUUCUAAUA